CAUAUCUGGAGGAAGGGAGUUGGAGUCACUUCAUUUCCGGGCCUCAUCGCACUGGAUUUUCCCCAACUUUCGGAAACUUCUUGGACUUUACCACACUUCUUGAGGAGUUGCAGGGUUCCUCGGAAGGAUAUAAGGACGUCUGGGAUCUCCCGUGUGAGUCGGAAGCGUUGUUUGCGCUGGAAGUUUGGCCGUGUGCCGUCGGCCCCACAGAUACGGAUCACCGUCCAUUUUUCACUUCGUCGUGCGGGUCCAGAUUAAAAAGACUUGGCUCCAAGUGGUCGUCCCAACCAUGGAAGCUAUCGCGAAAUAUGACUUUAAAGCCACAGCAGAAGACGAACUGAGCUUCGCCAAGGGCUCCAUACUGAAGAUUCUGAACCUAGAAUAUGACCAGAACUGGUAUAAAGCAGAGCAGAAUGGCAAGGAGGGGUUCGUACCCAAGAACUACAUACAGAUGAAGCCACAUGAGUGGUUCCACGGCAAAAUUAGCAGACAGAUGGCGGAGGAGAGACUAAUGAAACAGGAGAUGGACGGUGCCUUCUUGAUACGGGAAAGCGAGAGUUCGCCGGGUGACUUUUCACUUUCAGUCAAGUUUCACAAGGAAGUGCAACACUUCAAAGUUCUUAGGGACGGGGCGGGGAAGUACUUUCUCUGGGUUGUCAAAUUCAACUCACUGAACGAGCUAGUAGAGUAUCACCGGUCAUCCUCGGUCAGCAGAACACAAACCAUCUUUCUGAAGGACAUGGAGACGAAAAAGCAGGAACUGAAAGUCCAGGCCAAGUUUGACUUCAAUCCACAGGAAGCUGGUGAGCUACGGUUCCGGAAAGGAGACAUCAUCUCAGUAAUGGAUAAGAGCGACGCAAACUGGUGGAAGGGACAGUGCCACGGAGAAACGGGGAUGUUCCCUGCCCCUUAUGUACAGGAGCUCAGUUAGAUCCCUCCUCCUCCUACACUGUACCCCCCCUCUCUCCCACACAAUGUGGUUCAAUCCAUGCUUUUUCUUCUAUAUUCACUCCAACAACAUUGCUUGUUUCUUCAGAUGAAAACUGACUUUGACAAGAAUGAGAGCUAACUAGGACAAACUAAGAGUCACAGACUACAUUCCAGUCUUAACUUAUCCUGGAAUUGUGUUGAAGGCUUUUAAACCUACAGUAUAAGAUGCCUGCACUUUUCUCAAGUUUUUGUUCUUUUCCUCUCAUUUUGAGGAGUGACAGAAACAAGUAACUUUGUUGAAGAGACAUUGCCGUGACUCUAUCAUAUCUAAUCAAAUGAUUCUUAGCAGUUUCUCACAGUGCCAGCUUCUGAAAGUCUAAUAUCGCGAUAUUUAAAGAAAUUUAUCUUGAGCACAAGUUAUAUUGUGGAUGAUUCCAACCUCCCCAGGGUUGGGGGAGGCCAGGUUGCACCAUUGUUGGCUUAGGGGAGAUCAGGCUUUGCCAUUGCUGGGUCAGGGGUGGUUUGCUAGACAGAUUUAACAGUUUGUACAGCUAAGUUGUACAGUAAUUUCUGCAUUUACUAUAAUAAUAAUCUUCAAUUGAUGUGAACUUUUUUUUUGAUGAUUGUAUUUCUUAAAGUUUACAUGGUUAGAAUAGCCAUGACUUAUCUGUAGAAUUUUCUGUUCAAAUGUUUAGUAAAAGUGAUAUACUAAAGACAUCAUCAUUAUAACAGGUACACGUAGCUUUAGUUUCAUUAAAAGAGGGCUCACUCAUUUCAAAAGGGUGAAAAACCUGGAUUUUUCAUGUGUUUAAAGAAGAGCAUUUUGUACAAAUUAGAAUGGAGUUUAGGGGGCAUGGUAUGGAAUCAAUUUCAGAUCAGGAAAUGUCUGGCCGUCUCCUCCUCUAUUGAAAUGGACUAGUCCAGAGGACAUGUUAUAUAGUAUACAUUUCAGGUCUUUGAAAGGUUGGCGCAGGUUCAAACUUUUGAUUCUUUUCCUUGACAAAAAAGUGUGGAAAAUGAUUCAAGUGCUAGUUUUUGUUCAGAAAUAUUUUACUUGUAAACCUUGCAUGGUUACACAGACUUAUAAAAACAGAGGAUCAAUCUGCAGUUUUAAGGACAUUCACUUUGUGCUGUUUGCAAAUCAAAAUCAAUAACAUCUAAGUUUCACAAUUUUAUGAAUUUUAUCGCGUAAAAUCUUCUUCGAUAUUCCUGACAUUCAGGUUCACUUAGCAAAAUCAUGUGGAAUUUUAUAGGUUCUAGUCAGUGACUAAAAAAAUCCUGGUGUUAGUUGUACUCAUUGUUCUGGCAUGAUAGUUUGAAGCUAAGACUAUGGAAAGGAUCAAAUUGCAUGUUUCUUACGAAUGUGAUCAAAUGCUAUACUGUACCCAUGCAUACACAGUGGCAUAGACAUGUAUGCAUUCCACAUUAUUGUAUACACACACUGCAUUGUGUCAUGCACGCUCCCAAACUGAAAGCAGGUACUGAAAGUAAGUCAUUUCUGGGUUCCAAUGCCCUAUCCUGCUUCUUUCUUAAAUAAGAUUUUCCUAUUUGCCAGUUUGUGGAAUGGAAGACACAUCUUGAGUGGUUUGGAAGAUUCUAAAACUCUUAUCCUCUGCUACAUGUAGGUCAAUUUUACUGAAGAGAGCACUGUGUGCCUUGCUGUUUAGGAAAUAGAGGGAUUGAAUCAUUAAUGUCUUUCAAAACAGUGACCUAUAGUUAAUACGGACUGACCACUAGAAGCUGCUGUCCCUGCCCUAUUCAGGAAGAGAAUCAUAAUGGCAUGAUGAAAACAUUUAAUUGUUUGGCUGGUGAUGAAAAGAGUUGUCACCUGUUAUGACAAUAGCUCUAACUUAGACUUGGUUGAUGUUGUUAAUAUACAAUUCAAACAGGGCAAAAUAGUGCUGGAAGGAUUCUGUCAAUCACCAGUGCUACAUCAUUCAAAUUGUAACUGCCGGUGACACACCAUCUCCAAGUUUGUUUUUUGUAACAUCACUGCUGUUUUGAAUCAAGUGACAGCACAGGACACCACAUAUGACUUGGCCCAUAGCCUGACUGACGUUUUGUAUCCAUGUGCUGGCUACAUAGAAACAGUUCAAAUGUGAGGGGAAUUGGAUUUUACACAGCAUAGCAGCUUUUUUCAUGAUGUAUUAUGGGUACAUUAACUUAAUUAUUAAUCAUUACAUAUAACAUUGUUGUGGAAUACAUGUACAUGUAAUUUAGGGUAUGUUUCGUUUUUCUGUACACUUUAAGUCUCCCUUAGGGCUAUGCAAAUGAACUGUAAUAUAUCCGUGUUCACUGUAAGAUGGGGUUAGGGGUCAUAGCCUGGUCAGGGUUCAGAGGUGAGCCCAGUCAGGGGUCAUGUUAGAGUUUCUGUACUGUAUUACUCUAACUUUUAUGUUCAAUGCAUAAAACGUAUGUUCUUGUUAAUUGUAAUAAGCUGAUGAUGUAGGAAAACCACUGAAGUAAUUUAGUGUUGCCAUCUGUGUAUUAUAUUAGAAAGAAUCUUACUUUUCUCUUGUAAAAGUUGUAACUUGAUCAGUAUGACCUGGUUAUGUUUUGCCAGCUGGACAACAUGCUUUCCAAUCCCAAGAUGAUAACCCCCUUCCUCCCCCACUCCUGCCCCUUGAAGACUGACAUUGAAUGCUGCAGUUUUGAACAGGAAAAUGCAAUUCUAUGCCCACUUUCAUGACUUGCUGUAAAAUCAUACUUAGUAAUACAGAUACCUUCACUGCUGCAAUAGAUGGACAUGUUAUUAUUACUGACACAGUCACUGGCAAAUUUAUUCAGAAUUUCUUGAAAUGCAUCUAAGCUAAGUCCAAGAAGGGUAUUUUUUGUGUUCCUUUUUUGUUGCUGUUCACCUUCCCUGUUAAUUGCCUGUGCAUCACUUACAUGUAUGUAUUUCUUGACACAGGGCUGCCAUCCUUGUAAAAAUUUCUCACCCAAUGCAACAUAUAUGAAUGGACUAGUUGGGAAAGCUCUAUUAUAUGCAGAACUGUCAGGAUAGAAUUUCAGUUGAUCUACUGCCAGUGAUCAUAUAUUUUGAUUUGAGUUAUUUGAGAUUCAAUGGUGUUAUCCUAAAGAUUUCUUAGUUACAUCACAGUGUAACUAUCAGCGAUCUGAAAUGUAUUCUUAUGAGCAUAUUAUGUACACUAUGUAAUCAUAUCCAGGAUUUGACAUAGGCUGUUUCAGACAUAGGCGCAUGACAGCAUCCAUCUAUAAAAAGCUAUUAAAAUCCUUGUAGAGUAA